GAUUCAAAUAACUGAAAAUAAUACCUUUUUCGCCACCCCUUCCUGUUCCCAACGAUGCCCCCUCUUCCUCCACGAGCAUGAAGGGAUCAUAUUAUGCUGAAGAGCCAGCAGAUUGAUUCCACCUCAGUUUCUCCAAGACUUUGCAGCUCCAAUGCAGCAAUCAUCACUUUUGCUCUUUAUCGGCGUCGCGGUAGCUUCACUUCUUGUUGGUUUUGCACUCAUGGUGUUUUGCUGGAGGUGCAGGAAGCGGAAGGGGUCGUUGUGGAAGAUUGCCAACUCCACCAAAGGCCCCAUUUUUCCUGAUUCCUUCAGUGGCAAUCUUCGGAUGGUUUCUUACUUCAGUUAUCGAACUCUGAAGAAAGCAACAAAGGAUUUCCACCCGAAGAAUCAACUAGGCGGAGGUGGAUUUGGUCCAGUCUAUAAGGGAGUGUUAGAUGAUGGAAGGAUCAUUGCGGUGAAGCAACUAAGUGUUGGGAAAUCUCAGCAAGGUGAGUCGGAGUUCCUUGCAGAGGUCAGAAUGUUGACGAGCAUCCAACACAAGAAUCUAGUUUGCCUCGUUGGGUGCUGCUCGGAAGGCUCAGAGCGCCUGCUCGUCUAUGAGUACAUGACCAAUGGAAGCUUGAACAAGAUCAUAUCUGGAAAGAGUGGGAAAUGUCUAGACUGGAAGACGCGAUUUGAAAUCAUUGUCGGAGUAGCGCGGGGAUUGCAGUACCUGCAUGAGGACUCCAACUUGAGGAUUGUUCAUAGAGAUAUCAAGGCCAGCAACAUCCUCCUAGAUGAGAAAUUUCAGCCUAAGAUCAGCGACUUCGGUCUGGCCAAGUUCUUCCCGGAGGAUCAAACUUAUCUCAGCACAAGAUUUGCAGGAACUCUAGGGUAUUGUGCACCUGAAUAUGCUCUGCGAGGUGAGCUUUCGGCAAAAGCCGACAUCUACAGCUUCGGUGUUCUUGUGCUGGAGAUCAUCAGUUGCAGGACCAACACGGAUCUUUCUCUUCCAAUUGAGAUGCAAUACCUUCCAGAAUAUACAUGGAAGCUAUAUGAAAGAUCAAAGGUGAGGGAAAUAGUGGAUCCAAAAUUACUAGAUGAAGGAACAGUGGAGAAAGAAGUGUUGCAGGUGUGCCAAGUUGCUCUGCUGUGCCUUCAGCUACACCCAGACUUGAGGCCUCCAAUGUCUGACAUAGUGGCCAUGCUGACUUGUAGGGCUCAGAUAUCUUGUACUCCUGUAAAACCAACAUUUUUGGAGAGGAAGGCAAGGGUUAGCAUCAGGCCUCCAUCACCCUAG